GAGCGGCGAUCCGGGCUGUGAGGCGGCCGCCAACGUUCCAAGCUCCCCGGGCUCCUUCCGCCGGCUCAGCAGCAUCCUCUUGGACCAUCCAUGAGCUCAGAUUUCCAGCAUUACAGUUUCAGGAUGCCAAACAUUGGAUUCCAGAACCUGCCUCUCAACAUAUACAUUGUGGUCUUCGGCACAGCAAUAUUCGUCUUCAUCCUUAGCCUGCUCUUCUGCUGCUACCUGAUCAGGCUCCGACAUCAAGCCCACAAAGAGCUCUAUGCCUACAAACAGGUUAUUCUAAAGGAAAAAGUAAAAGAACUUAACUUGCACGAGAUCUGUGCUGUUUGUUUGGAGGAGUUUAAGCCCAAAGAUGAAUUGGGGAUCUGUCCGUGCAAACAUGCCUUCCACAGAAAGUGCCUCAUCAAAUGGCUGGAGGUCCGUAAGGUGUGUCCGCUGUGCAACAUGCCGGUCCUUCAGCUGGCCCAGCUUCACAGCAAGCAGGAUCACCCUGGCCCCCCGCAGGAACCCCUGCCUGGGGCAGCAAACCUGGUAUAG